AUGGCCGAGAAGAAAGAUGGCCCGGCAGAGCAACCGGAUAUCAGCGCCAUUCAUCCGAGCUCCUCGAACGUUCAAGGACAGUCUGAAAUAACCAAAGCGCCACAAGAUGGCAUCCUUGACGAGGCCGCUGAGUUCUUGGCGAACGCGAACGAUUAUCCGCCAAUGACUCCAGAGAUCGAGAAGAAGAUUGUCAAGAAAAUCGAUGCUUGGAUGAUUCCACUUUUACUGUUUACCGCCACUCUCGGAGCGGUCGACAAAGUCCAAAUGGGAACGGCAUCUCUCUAUGGCUUCCAAACGGAUAAUGGCUGGUCUGGUUUCAUGGCUCUUCGAUUCUUCAUGGGCUUCAUCGAGGCUGCCAUUUCCCCGUCAUUAACGAUUCUCGUCUCGAGCUUUUACACGAAGAAGGAACAGCCGCCAAGGAACGCUAUUAUCUUCGCGUACUUUUCCUCGGUUUUCAAUGGCUUCUUCGCAUGGCUAGUCGGCAAGAUCCCGGACUCAGCCCCUCUUCUCAAAUGGCAAUAUCUAUACCUUCUGACCGGUACCAUCAACGUUCUUUACUCGAUAUUCAUCUGGUUCACCCUCCCGGACAGCCCCAUGAACGCCCAUUUCUUGACCGACGAGCAAAAAUACUACGCAACCAAGCGUCUCGCUGCGAAUCGCACUGGUAUUGCCAACAAGGUCUGGAAGUGGGAUCAAGUCUGGGAAGCUUUGCUGGACAUCAAGAUUUGGAUCAUUUUCGUAUUCAAUAUCUUCAUCAACAUUCCGAAUGGGGGCCUUGUCAACUUUGGCAGCAUCAUUAUCAACAACCUGGGGUUCACUUCCCUGGAAGCUAGUCUACUGACCAUGCCGUUUGGAGUUCUGGCGACAUCCAGCGCCUGGGCGUUCAGCUAUCUGGCAGCUAGAUGGCAUAACCGAAGAACGCUCGUUGCCUGCAUCGCUCUUUUGCUGCCCAUCCUUGGGACGGCACUCGUUCAUGGACUUCCAAGAACGAACAUUGCAGCACAAAUGGUCGGACUCUAUUUCAUGUAUUUCUACUGGCCCCCGUACGUGGUCGGCAUCUCUCUCCCGCAAGCCAACACCGCAGGACAAACCAAAAAGGCUGUCUGCUUCAGUUUGGUCCAAGUUGGUUAUGCGGCUGGCAACUUGAUUGGACCGCAGACAUUCAUCUCAAUCCAGGCACCGAAAUACAACGGGGCAGUCAUUGCUAUGCUUACGAGCUACGUUGUCAGCAUGGUAUUGAUGCUAGCUUACUGGCUGGUGGCGCUCUUGGAGAACAAGAGGCGUGACAAGAAAUAUGGCAAGCCGGAAGCGGUUCACGAGGGAACAGUCGACGGGUUCGUAGAUAUCACGGACAAGAAGCAAAAGGACUUUAGAUAUACCACUUAG